CCAAAACAUACUUAUAUGAACUGCAACCAAUUUUCACAACUCACAAAUUUGCUGCAUUUCAUUUCUUCCCUCCUAAAAUGGCGGAUAUUUCCCUCCCUCACCACCAACUCUCUCUUUUCUUCUCCCAAUUCAAACUCAGAAGAUUUGAUGAUUCUACGCUUCGAAUUCUGGAGUUGAUUCUAUCAUCAAAGGACGUGAAGUUAUCGCUCGAAUUUCGAAGUACAUUAAAAGAAUUUCUUAGGUCAGAAUCUCUCAUUGCCAUUCGGGAAGCUUCAGGAAAAUCAGUGGAACAUAAGUUACUGAUUCUCGAUUUCCUCGUUCGUGCUUUUGCGAUCGUCGAUGAUGUUGAGAGUUGCUUGGCUGUGAGAUAUGAGGGUUUAGUUAUGCGUGAUUCGUGGACAAUUAGUCAUCCGGAGCUGCGAGUUUCAUGCAGUGAAUGGAUGAAUUUUGCUGAAGAUGCCUUUAACAAUGAUUUUUACUCGGCCACUGCAAAGGCAUGUGAAUAUGCUCUUUUGUAUCUUAAUGGAAAAAGUGACUUCAAUUGUGACAAUCUCUCUGAAAGUGUGAGUACCAUCAAUAAAAUACAGAGGCUUAAGGACACUGCCAUCAGAAUAUCUACUUGCCAUUCUGUUCAGGGGCAAGCCACAGAGUACAUGAAAAAGAAAACUUUGAGCAUUAAACAGUCUUCAUUUUCUAUAGAGGCAAAAUGUACUGCAAGCAUAAGCUUUAGAGAUGGGAUCAAGCAGCAGAAUGUACGUAACUUGUUACGUCUCAAAAAUCAGUAGCAAGCCCAGAGGAAUUUCCAGAUCAGUUAUUGCAGAACAGUUGAUGCAGUUUGCGGUUUGAAUUAGGAUAUCCUUUCAUUGGGAACCUGUUGACAAACUCUGGUUAAGCAGUUGGACUGUUGAGGUGAGUUGGCUUUCAAGUUUUCCUGUGGUGAGUAAUUUUAUUGUAAACAUUGCUUGUACUCGUAACUUUUGCAUCAAUUAGAAUAUGUUUAAGUAUGCAAUUUUCAAGAAUCGAAUCUUCCAUAUCACCAAAGUGCAUUAAAUGCGUGCAUUGGACCUAUCAUGGAUUCUUCUUCUCUUAUGUAGUGAGAGAUGUCUGUUUUUCUUUUUACCUUGUUCAAUGAAUAAAUAAUACACUUAAGACAAGCUAACUUUACAAGGUUCUAAACCUGUUUUUCCGUUUUUCUCUUCUUCCUAGAGCUUAGGGGGUUGAAAACUUAGACCUGAAAUUGCAGGUACACUUACCUCUAAUAAAUUAAGGAACACGCAUUUCAUUGCGUUUGAUUAGCCAUUUGAGCAUACAUCAAAUGACAUG